AUUUUUUUCCGGUGGCAACAAACCAGUCAAGUAAUGCCAUCUAUUGUUUUUUUAAAAAACGGAAAUACUACGCGAAAACGUCGACAGCUGCACUCGCGCAUUGACAACUGUUGACAAUAUAAGUCCUAAUUUUUUAAAUAAAUUUAAUAAAAAUUUUGUUAUCAAUAUUAUUGUUAUGAAAUUGAUAAACAAAAUAAUGUGCAAAAUGAAUAAUUAACAUGCAAAGUUUCAUAAUCAGUAAUGCCUGGUUUAGAAGAAAGUAUUUGGUUCGAAACGAGUCCAUCCGCGAGUAGCCUAAUGUCCGAUGGAGUCGCUGCCGAGCAAGUGAAAAAGUUUUUUUUCACGUCUCGCAAAUCGCAUGAAACUGGACAACACGACGAAUCUCUUGAAAUUUAUAUUCCUGAACUCUUGCAAGCCAGCUACAGUUUUUACACGUGGCCAUCAGCACCGGUUCUUGCUUGGUUCCUUUGGGAGCAUCGUGAAGAACUCGUUGGUAAGAGAGUUUUAGAAUUAGGAUCAGGAACUGCACUUCCCGGAAUAGUUGCUAGUAAGUGUGGAGCACACGUGACACUCAGCGAUUCAGCAAGUUUGCCAAAGAGUUUACAACACAUUAGAAGGAGUUGUGAAUUAAACGGAGUAUUGUCACAAGUAAAAGUUGUUGGAAUAACUUGGGGCCUUUUUCUCUCUAGCUUACUGUCAAUUGGUCCAUUAGAUUUAAUUCUUGGUUCUGAUUGUUUUUACGAGCCUUCUGUAUUUGAAGAAAUAGUUGUAACAGUUGCUUAUCUCUUAGAAAGAAAUCCAGAAGCAAAAUUUCUUUGCACUUAUCAAGAAAGAAGUGCAGACUGGUCAAUAGAGCAUUUAUUAAACAAGUGGGGUCUCGUUUGUAAUCACAUUUCUUUAACAGGAUUAGGAGCGGAUUCUGGGAUAACUCUAGCAGAGUUAAUGCAAGAUCAUACCAUCCAUUUAUUGGAUAUAAGAAAAGCUUCAUAAGCAAUCUAAAAUAUGGCCACAAAAGGACUUAAAAACAUUUUUAGAAUUAGAGUUGUUAAUCUUCCUUGGACUGUCAAUAGCCCUCAGCUGAAACAAUAUUUUUCACAAUUUGGACAAAUCGUUAAUGCUCACGUUAU